AUGAGCGACUACGGAGAGGAAGCACCACCUCCCGAUGCCGAGGGGCUCGAUCGACCGGACGAGCACGAAGACGAGCUUGACGACCUGCAUGACGAAUUCCAAGAUCCACAACCUGAGCACGAUGCCGACACUCGACCAAACGCCGCAGACGACUCGGACGAUGAAUCGCUUCUCUCUGAAGUCGACGAAGCCCAAUUUGCGGAUUUCGACCCCAAAGCCGUGGAAGUCGCGCCCGAUUUUGACACACUGAACAAGUCCAUUAAAGUGAAGAAGAGGAAGCGAGCCGAGGGUGAGGAGUCUGCGCCGAAGAAGAAGAAAGAGCGGCGAAGGGAGAGGAAGUCACGACGGGCAGAGAGCGAGGCUUUGUCUGGCCGCGACGAGGUCGAGGGUAAGAGGCGCAAGCAGCCAAAGGCGGCGGAUGGCGAGCCGCGGAGACGCGAGCGAGAGGAAAUCGACGAAGAGACUCUGUCGCCUGAAGAGCGCAGGAGACGGGCGUUGGACAGAGCAAUGGACGCCGCGGUCAAGAGAUCAUCAGGCAAAAGAAUGAGAAAGGGCGAGAUCGACCUCGAGCAAGCAGCAGAUGCGGAGAUUGAGGAUCUACGGAACCGGAUGAUAACGGCGGCUGAGACCGACGGAGAUCUGGUGCGACAAGGUCUGCCUGCCUCUCAGAAACUCAAGAUGCUGCCCGAAGUGGUGAGCCUGCUAAACCGGAACACAUACGUGCAAUCUAUCCUCGAUCCGGAAAUGAAUCUGUUGGAGGCAGUGCGGUUUUUCCUCGAGCCUCUUACCGACGGCAGUCUACCGGCGUACAACAUCCAGCGGGAACUAUUCGCGGCGCUUAGCAAGCUGCCGAUGAACAAAGAGACUUUGAUCUCUUCUGGUAUCGGCAAAGUCAUCCUGUUCUAUCGCAAAUCCAAAAAGGCCGAACCAGCAAUCAAACGACAAGCCACCAAGCUCAUGGAAGAUUGGUCGAGACCCAUUCUGGGUCGUAGCGACGACCACACCAAGAAAGUCUGGGCCACGGCAACUUAUGACCCAACCAGGAGACGAGAGACCGCACCGGCUGCUGCCAUUCCCAAGGCAAAAUCCACCAUUGCUCCGGGCGAGAGGGUGAGCAACAGGGCCAGGGUCCAGACGAGUCACUUGAACUUUCACAUCGUGCCCCAAGUCUCGUCUACUGUUCCACAUCGCUAG